AUGGAGAAGAUUGAGAAGAGCUUAACGGAUCUCCACGAAUUCGUCAAACAGACUGCAGCCCCGACGAAUCUAGUCAUCAAACCAGAGCACGUGGACGAACUGCUGAAGCGAGUUAUGACGAGUUCAACCGAGAUGCAGUCCAACCUCGAAGAACAGAUGGAUAACGCGAAGAACCGUAUCCUCAUGGAAAUGGAUGAAAUGUUCAAAGAGGUAGACCGAUGCAGAUCCAAAGUCGAAAAGGCCAGCAAUAACGCCGUGAUGCACGAAGUCGGAGAGGUGUCGACACGUUUAGCCGCCUUCCAAACCGAGGUCACCCAACGCUCCGAGGCAUUGGAGAAGAAGCUAGAUCAAAGGUCAGACAUCGAGUCCAUGCUUCGAAGGAUCGAUUUGCAGUUGAAGAAAUCGGAAGAAGGCGACUCAGGAUCAGCCAAAGAAGACGCGAGGAGGCAGGGGAUUGAGGAAUCAAUCGGAUCCGAAGGCAUUCUUCGCAUCAACAACGACCUCAGCCCCGAACCGGAAGGAGAAGGAGAAUAG